AUGGUGGAUAAUCCUAAUAAUAAGAGUAUAUUGCUGACAACACCGGACGGUACGCAGGCACCGUUACAUGCUGUUGAAAGUAGAACGACGAAGGACUCGUCACCAUCACCAAAGGACGAAUCGAUAUUACAUAAAAAUGCCACAGAAGUGCAGUUUAAUAUAGACAGAGGUAGAUCUAGAUUGAAGAAACAGCGUAGCAAUGCUAGUACUAGUCAGAGCUUUUCAAGAUCGAGGUCUAGAUCAAAAUCAUUUUCUAGGAACUCAAGCAAAGUUAGAGAGGAAGAAUUCUUAAAAUGGACAGUAUUGAGGCAGGACCCAUCAAUGAGGUUGUUCAAUGCGAAUGAGAAACUCAAGAAGAAGGAAGGUACGUAUGAUAGUGAUGAGAUUUAUUCUUCUGAAUCGGUAGAAGAUGAAGACAAGGGAGAUGAUGAAGAUGAAGAUGAAGAUGAAGAGUCUGAGGAUUUUGAAGAGGAAGAAUCGGAUGAAGAGCAAGUUAGUGAUAUUGAUAAUGAAGUUGAGAUUGAUGAGAAACUUGAUUUUGAUUUAGGAAUGAAAGUUUUACCAAAUUUCUGUGUAAGUAUCAAUGAAGUGUUAGAAUCAAGAAAGCCAUGGGUUCAACAGUAUGAAAAGGAGAUUGAGAGUGUGUUACCUGAUGAAACGACCAAAUUGGAUGAAAUUGAAGAUGGAUAUAUUCGCGCUAUUGAUCUUGUCACAAAAGGUGAAGGAUCCAGUAAGAAUGGGGAUGGACAAUCGUACAUAUUAUUCAUGGAUCUAUCGAGCGAAUCGAUCUAUGCAUUGACAUACGUUAUGGGUUGUGUUAUAAAUAAUGGAGACACUUUGUAUAUCGUCAAUUGGGAAUCCACUUUGAAACAUAUUGACGAAACGAUCAUUUAUAAUAAUUUGAAAAGAGUGAAGAAAAUGACAUUGCAUUUAUUUGAUUGUAUAAGUGGUGUCAUUGAUAAUUUGGACGUCAUCAUAGUGUCGUUGACACAUCCGUAUCCCAAGCAUCUAUUAAGCGAAAUGAUUUAUGGAUUAAAACCCAUGGCAUUAUGUUGUUCUCUAUCAAUUAUGUUAUCAACUUUACAAAACUUUGUAUGUUCCGUGCCAACGUUAGUCGUUCGAAGAAAACUGAAAAGAUCAAAACGUAGAGGACUGACAGACUGA